GCCCGGCGUCUCCUCACCGUCCCUUCAUGGCCGACCGAGACGGCCAGGGUGAGACUGGGGCGCCGCCGCCCGAGGCCACCGUGCGCCAGGGCUCUCCGUUACCGGCCGCACACCCGCUCCCCGAGGAGGAGGAGGAGACAGUAGCCGGUGAGAACGAGGAGGCGGAGGAUGAGGCCUCGCCCGCCGCCGGGCCCCCGCCCCUGCCGCCGCCGCCGCCGCUCCUGCUGCAGACCCAGGAGUUGGCCUCCAAGCGGGUCGACAUCCAGAACAAGCGCUUCUACCUGGACGUCAAGCAGAACGCCAAGGGCCGCUUCCUGAAGAUCGCCGAGGUGGGCACGGCGGGCCGCAAGAGCCGCCUCACCGUCUCCAUGCCGCUGGCGGCCGAGAUGCGCGACCGCCUGGGCGACUUCAUCGAGCACUACGCGCAGCUCGGGCCCGGCGGAGGGGGUAUCGGCGACGCCAGUUCCCGCAGGCAUCCUCCCCCACCGCCGCACCACCCCCCGGCCCCAGCCCAGCCGCAGGCCCCGCCGCCAACCCGGGCCCAGUUGGGGCAGGGCGAGGCGCCGACGCAGCGGGUCCUGAAGAGCGAGUACCUGGUGCGGGAGAACCGCAAGUAUUACCUCGACCUGAAGGAGAACCAGCGCGGCCGUUUCCUGCGCAUCCGCCAGACCAUGAGCCGAGGCCCGGGCUGGGGCUACUCGGGCCAGGGACAGACCAUCGCCCUCCCCGCUCAAGGCCUCAUCGAGUUCAGGGACGCUUUGGCCCGGUUGAUCGAGGAUUAUGGUGUUGGCGGCGGGCCAGGCCCCGGGGGAGGAGGCGGCGGCGACCCGGGCGACGGCGCCGCAGCCUUCGUGCCGCCCGAGCUGCCCGAAGGCACCUCGGUGCCCGUUGACAACAAGAGGUUCUUCUUCGACGUCGGCUCCAACCGCUACGGCGUGUUCCUGCGAGUGAGCGAGGUCAAGCCGGCUUACCGGCACUCCAUCACCGUCCCCAGCAAAGCCUGGGCCCGCUUCGGCGACAACUUCAUCCGGUACGCCGAGGAGAUGAGGGCGAUCCAGGAGAAGCGCAGGGACAGGAGAGCCGAGCUCUCCCGGGAAACGGUAGCCAACAGUGAAGAAGAAGAAGAAGAUUGACAUCCAUACAACCUACCAACAGAAAUAAGACUGACUUCUCGUUAAAAUCUUCACGGAAAAAUGCGCAUCUAUUCUCUACGUGAACAGUUACAGCCUGCUUGCUGUAAGUAAAGUUGUACCAACUUAUUUCACUUGAUUCACAGCAUAUGAGCCACAGGCCCAUUGUUUUACUGAAAGAAUCAAGCAUUUGUACAGCUUUUAAGCUAUCAAAAUCUAUGUGGUUGUCAUAUAAUAUGGCAACAUAAAAUUCACAUCAGCACAAAAUGUGAUCUACAUUUUGCAUGUACUAUAUGUUUGUGAUCUUCAGUUUACGAAAUUUGAACAGUACUUUCUGGAGUAUUUAGUACUGGUUUGUACAAUCUGCACUGAAUCCAGUACACAUCUUUCUCCACCUCACCUUCCUUCCACCCUGCUUCUCCAGAACCUUCCCCCUACUGAUAAAGUAAUGGGGUUUUAGAAUAGGCAAUAACUCCCUAAUAGCUCAGUUUGGUUUAUUUGUUGCACUUUAACCAAUUUAUAACUGACAAAAAAGUGCAUUAUUAAAUAUUUUAUUCCAUACCUAUUGAAUAACCAUGGGAAAUGAACCACAGACCAGUGUGCCAAAGGCUUGCACCCAGACAUGACUGAAUUGUCUGGAAUGUAAGGAUGCAUAAAAUUCUUCUUCCUUUUUGUUAGGACAUGGUUGUGGGCAGAAAAAGAGUCGUCGCUGACACGUAUAAACUGUGACAGGUUAGUGCUGCACUACCAAAGAGCCAACAUUGAAAAGAUUGGGAAGCAAUUUCCUGCAGCAAUCAAUGCUGAUACCAGUACUAGCUGUGUUGUUCCUGGAAUCUCACCUAUGGGUGGAAUUUUUUGGUUGGUUUGAUUACUGGAGCACUUUAAACAUUACAUUAAGAAAUAGCAUUUUGUUUUGUGUGGAUAAUGAUUGAGUUUACGUGGAGUGGAAGAAAGAUUUGAAACAAACUUUGGGCCGGCUUGUGCACCAGCAUUCGGGCAUUGAAACUAAAGUUCUGAAACUUGUACUGUGAAAUAUGAAAGGAGGGAACAUAAAGAUUUGGAGGACCAAAUCUGUCAGUUUGUUACAACAUUGGACUCCCAUGGAGUUCAGUGGCAGAACUUGGUACAGGAUCGAAGUCUCCACUGAUUUAAUUGGGCAAUAUGGGCUAGAGACUUGAGGGAGGGAAGGGACAAGGUUGUUACUCCUUUUAUAAGUUAUUUUUUGAUUUAGUGUUAUAGUUAUGUUUCUUUCAGUGUUUUUAAUUUAAUUUCAUUUAAUAUUUGCUUUCAAUUUUAAUAUUUUUCAGAGAUGGUUUUAAAAAACUAUUAAAAUUAAAUUUACAACUUUUACACCUGGCAAUGCCUGCUUCCAAUUUUGCAGCUGUCAGAGGCUCUCUAGAGCUUUUUAGGGUGGGGUGUCCUUGCUGUGCUGCUAAAGGCCCGUUUGCUGUCCACACCAUGCUCCUGGAUUCAGGAAUGCAGAGGGCCAGCAAGAUAGGCCUGCCACAUCCUGAUACGGCAUAAAACUGGCAUUGUGGAUUGGCCACCCAUUUUGGAAACCAUUUCAUUUUCAGUUCAGGUAAAAUGAAUGGGAAUGAAAAUCAGGGAGUUCCUAAAAGCAGCAACCAACCAAGGUACAAAUCCAGCAUUACAGGCCAUCAGUAAGUUAAAUUCAGCCAAUAAUUUAUUUAAACUUUCCAACAGUUAAUGCUGACUAUACAGUUCAUUGGCAAUUUCACUUGCUAUGUAUAAACUAGUUAUUUGGCAUAUGCUAAUAUCGCUCCAUCUAUAUCUCUUGCUGGGCCCACUUAUUUUUGAGAUCCAGAAAAUAUCCUUUGUGGCGUUAAAAGUGUAAAUCUACCUCCUGCAAUUCCAUACUGCUGUGCUGUUAUGCUGCCAAAAUAAAUGUAUUCAUUCUAAUAUUUUCUGAACUAUAAGCCCAGAAAGCUGAAGGGAUCCUCUUUUUAAAAUGCUCAUAAAUGGAAAAAAUGGUAAUCCUUUUUAUUUUGCUACUUGGACCAUCAUAACAAUAUUCUAAUAAUGUUAAAAUGCAUUAAAUCUUUAUACAUAGAUAUUUUAAUGAAAGUUGCACAAGUAUACAUGAAAUGCAGAUGGAUGUACUUUGUUCAAAUACAGCCAAAGAUGCAAAAAUGGAUUCCAUAAUUUGUAGAUGCACAGAUUGUGUGUGUGGGAGUGUGUGUGUCCUCUUUCAAAUUAUGAAGAACUUCCAAUAGUAGUUGUAUUGAACCUAAACAGAAGUAACUGUCCAUUUAAUAUGGAAAUGUGCAAACUUUUAUUUUACCAAUGCAUAUGUUUAAAAAUAAAAAAAAUCAUUUAAGUUGUGUAUUGUGGUCCCAUUUUCGUUAAGAAUUUUAUGGUUUGCAAAUUAGUAGUAUAGACUGGAACUUGAUCCAGGCACAGCUAAUAAAACUGGGUUUGUAAAUUAUCACUCAUGGUUUACAAACAAAUUUGUCUAAGAAUGCAAGGUGGCUUGAACUACCUAGUGACAGUUCAUACAAACUUGCUGUCACAUUAACUGCAAGGCAGCAAAUAAAAGCAGUGGGAGUCCUGAACAGGUACUGAGCAGUUGAAUCUGUGGGCAGCUUGGUAGGGGAAAAGUUGAAACCUGAUUUUUGCAUCACAAGUAGAGGUAAAUAGGCAGCAGGUGCAAGCCACGGAUAAAAGUUUAAUUUGAUUUAUUUUGAUCUUAAACAAGAUGAAGCAAUUAGUUAAAAUAGUUAAGCUUGAGUGAAUUUAAUUGUAUAACUUUUGAUGAAAUAAAACAAGUUUGUAUAGGCAUGGUGUUUCACAGCUGUCAGGUAGGAGUUGGUGCAUAGCUUGGGAGUCCUGGACAACUAUAUCUACAGUAAAUGUUUCCCAUCUUGAGAAUCUGUGGGUCAAAAUUAUUAAGCUAUAGAGUAAGCUGUAAAUUUUAUAUGCCUCAAAAGUGGGAGAAUUAACCAGGCACAUCAUUCCAGAAUGCAGUCCCAUCCCUUGGUUUGGGUACUAAUACUUGUUUGAUUAGUGUUUGGGGAGGAAGGUAUGAUAAUCAAAGAGGUAAGGUAACCCCGGGUGCAGUGCUGAAGUAGCUGCUUUUUUUUUGUCAGGGUACUACUGCUUGUGGUGGAGGACAAAGUCUGGAGGGUGAAUGAGCAAACUGACCAUGAUACUGUGGCAAAGGAGCCAGUUCAUAUGAAUGAAGUGAAACAGAAUGUGGAUCUAGUAGAGAGUAUAGUCCAGAUGAGGGAGUUGGGGGCUAUGCUGUUCUCGACCAGGAAUGUUUCUUUCUGAUGCAAGGGCUAAGUGCAUUUUCUCAUGGGUACAGCAAACUUAGAGUGAAAAAUAUUAGUGUCCAGUUGUGUGGUUCAUAUAGGCAGCAGAGACAUGGGUAGAACUAAGGUCUGAGAAAGUUUGAGCUAGCAUCAAAAUUAAACCUCCAGAUUGUUACAUGAAUAGGGAUAAGGACAAAUUAAUCAAUAGAUUGAAUGCAUAGCUGAAGGAUUGGCCUGGGAGGGAGAUUAUUUGAUGGGGCACUAUAAAAUAAGGAACUGUUAUGUUGAGCAACACGCACAAAGUGCUAGAGGAACUCAGCAGGUCAGGCAGCAUCUAUGGAGGGAAAUAAACAGUCAACCCUUCAAAGGCUCUUGACCCAAAAUGUCGACUGUUUAUUUCCCUCCAUAGAUGCGCCUGACCUGCUGAGUUCCUCCAGCACUUUGUGUGUGUGGCUGCAGAUUCCAGCAUCUGCAGAAUCUUCUGCCACUGUUCUGUUGAGACUGGCUCCACUUAAACUGAACUAGGACCAGGUCCCAGUGAACCAAAUAACUAGGGCAAUAGAUGAGGCUUUAAAUUUUUGGCAGGUGAAUUAGAGGGGUUGGAGCAUGGUACAUUUAAAAGUGAUGAAAUAUGUGACAAAAUUGUGAUUUCAGAAAAAAUAACAAAUCAGGACAAUAUAUUAACAAUGGCAGUAGGUUGAUCUCUGAAAAUAGUUAAAGCUAUAAGCAAUAUAUCAGCAUGAAGUUCAUCUGUGCAUGAAGUAUGUAAAUGAAUUAAUAAUAGAAAUGGAAAUAAAUGGGUUUCCCCAAUGCAUUCUAGAGAGAUGGCUACGUGCAUAGUGACUGAGGUUGGGGAGCAGAUAUUCUAGAGUGCUUGACUAUAAAGAUGUCCAAAAGGUGAAGGAAUGACAUGUAUACCGAAGAUUAGGGUAACAAUAGAGGGAAAGAGUUGUGACUUGGAUAGUCAAGAUGUAAAAUUGGUUUGAGUGGACCUUGAAAAUAAGAGUAGAAAACAUGCAUCUUCCCUGGCAGUAUUUGUAGUUUAAUCCACCAUGAGAGACGAUCAUAAACUGUGCUUCAGUUUUGCAUUUUAUACCUUUGGGCUGCAGAAUCAUUGAUGUUCUACAGAGUUUUUUAAAAAGUAUAUGCAUGCCUUUCAAAUUUGUUUUGUAUUUUGUUUUAACAUCUUGGAAUUUUAGGCCACGUCUUCCUUGGACCACAUGUAGUCUAAUGUAUUGAACUGUUAUCCUCCCAUCUAAUAAUAACCACUAUCAUGCCCACCCCUCCCACCCCCAUUCUUUCCAGGACAAGUAGUUUGUGUUACACUGUCUUGGAUCACAAGAUGUCAGUCAGUGUCACACUACUCAAUGGAGCAAUGUUGUCGUUUAGAAAUACUAAUAACUAUGAAAGGAACCUGGUAUUACCUGUUCUGUUAACGUGGGGUGCUGGGACAGCAGGAAAGGGGAGAAAGGAAAGAUGGGGGACUAGAAACAGAGGAGGAUUAUACUUGGAAAACAUAGAAAAAUAGAAAAACUACAGCACAAUUCAGGCCCUUCGGCCCACAAAGCUGUGCCAAACAUGUCCCUACCCUAGAUGCUGGAAUCUAAAAACAAAACAGAAAAUGCUGGAAGAAUGAACAUGAAGGUGGAGUACAAGGUUAGCGGCAGGAUUCUGAGUAGUGUGCAGGAACAGAGGGAUCUUGGGAUCCAAGUCAAUAGAUCCUUCAAAGUUGUCACGCAAGUUGGUAGGGUGGUUAAGAAGGCAGAUGAUGUGCUGGCCUUCAUUAGUCGGGGGAUUGGGUUCAAGAGCCAUGAGGUAAUGUUGCAGCUCUAUAAAACUCUGGUUAGACCACACCUGGAGUAUUGUGUUCCGUUCUGGUCACCUCAUUAUAAGGAUGUGGAAGCUUUAGAGAGAGUGCAGAGGAGAUUUACCAGGAUACUGCCUGGAUUAGAGAACUUGACUUAUGAGGAAAGGUUGAGUGAGCUAGGGCUUUUCUCUUUGGAGUGAUGCAGGAUGAGAGGUGAUUUGAUAGAGGUGUAUAAGAUUUAUGAGGGGCAUAGAUAGUGGACGGCCAGCAUCUUUUCCCCAGGGCAGCAAUAACCAAUACCAGAGGACAUCUGUUUAAGGUUCAAGGAGGAAUGUUCAGGGGAGAUGUCAGAGGUAGGUUAUUUUUCCCCCAGAAUGGUGGGUGCCUGGAAUGUGCUGCCAGGGGUGGUUUUAGAGGCUGAUACAAUAGGUACAUUUAAAAGGGUCUUAGGCACAUGGAAGUACAAAUAAUGGAGAGUUAUGGAAGGGUUAGAUUGAUCAUGGAGUAGGUGUUCAUAUAGUUCAGCACAACAACGUGGGCCAAAGGGCCCAUGCUGUACUGUUCUAUGUUCUAAAUCAGCUAAUCAAUGCAGCAUCUUAGAUGAUGAGAAGCCAUUUUAACAUUUCAGUUCAGGGAUUCUUCCUCAGAACUGGUAUACUUGUAUCUAUCUGACAAUAUAUAUAAAAAAAAUCACUGGUGUACAUCCUGUUCACAAAACAAACAUCCAGUCUGGCUAAUUACUUCCCAAUUAGUUUACUUUCAAUUGUGGCAGUGUAAUCAAGUGGCAUUUACUCACCAAUAACCUGCCUACCAAAACCCACUCAGCUUCAAAACAUGUUACUGAUGUAUUGCAGAUAUGAGGUGAGAAUGACUGCCCUUGACAGCAAGUUAGCAUUUAACUAAGUGUGGAAUCAAGGAGCCCUGGUAAAACUGAACAACCAGCAGGAGGAACAAUAUUUGGAAUCGUACUUUACACAGGAAGAUGGUUGUGGUGGUGAGGUCAGUCAUUCCAGCCCCAGGAUAUCACUGCAGGAUUUCUCAAGGCAAUUUCCUUGGCAUCUACCUUUAGAUACAUCAGUGAUCUUGCUUCCAUCAUGUCAAAAGUGGGGAUGUUUUUCUGAUAAUUGUGCAAUUCUAGCCAUAACUCCUCACCAAAUAGAAUAAUCCACAUCUGCAUGCAGCAGGACCAAGACAACAUUCAGACAUGGACAAAAAUGCCAGGCAAUGUCCACCUCCAACCAGAGACAUUCAAUGGCAUUAUGUCUAAAUCUCCCUUUGAUACCCAGGUGGUCACACUAGAGCCUUCUACAUAAAUACAGUGAAUACAAGAGCAUAUCAAAAGCUUGCUACACUGUACCAAAGCUGUUGCACCAUCUACAAGGUACAUGUAAGAAGAGUGAUGGAAUAUUUUCCCUGUGCCUGGAUCAGGAAAAACUAAUGAAACUUAAACUCAAUCACUACCCUUAACAUUCAUUUCACUUGUCACUACUGCACUAUUUACCACCUACGUAAUACUCCAGUUACUCACCUGGGCAUCUUAAACAGCACCUGUACCAGCAGCUUGUAUGACCAAGAAAUACAGGGGCAUUACAUGCAUGGGAACAUCACCAACUGCAGAUUCCUAUCUAUUUCACACCAUCCUGACUUGAAUAUAUAUUAUGUUUCUUCAUCCCUCAGUCUAAAUCCUGGAAGUAAAAGCUGGUCUUGCCAGUGAUGCCAAAUCCUGAAAAAUAAGCAACUCAAAUCUUUUCAAUCUCCCAGUACCCUUCUCUCCUUAGCAUUUCACACCCCCCCCCCCCACUGUAAAAGAAAGCACUUUGCUAUCCCCUUCCCCAAAUCCUCCACAAUGACAAACAUUUAAGAAUAUUGGUAUUCAAUUAUCAUUAAAUGGUGAAUAAAUCCGUGAUUAAGUCACACUUCGUCACUACAGGUAUUCUUUGAUAUAUAGUGUAGUAUUCUAGGAUAAUGUUUCAGAGCUUAGUCGAAAGAACCUAAUCACUUUAAGAUACAUCAACAGAAGUAUCUGAAAUAAUUAGCUACAGUUUCAUUGGCAGUUAAAUACACACAAGGAACCCUUUCGGUGUAGUCAAAUGAAAAAUGCACAUUCCUGGAAGAUCUUGACAGAGUAGACAUGUACUCUUGUGGGAAAGGGGUCACUGUUCCUCCUAUUUAAGACUGAGCUGAGGCAAAUCUUGUUCUUGGAGAAUUUUCAAAGGCCAGUGCAAGUAGAAUCACCUUUGAGAUGAAUUCUUCAUGAACAAAGGGGAGAAAGGGGACAAUGAUUAUGUGGGGUGCAAAGCUGAGGUUGCAAUCAGAUUGUCUUUCAUUUAUUGAAUGAUAGAACAGGCUCAAGGCAAAGAGUACUCCACUCCUGCUCCUAAUUGAUGGUGCCAUUGCAUGUUGAGCUGGUGGAGGUGAGAAGCAGAGUUGUCAUUGGUUUUGGAUGGUGAUGAAUCUGAGCUUGAUGGAGCUUAUGACGUUGAAGAUGAGGUUUUUCCUGUGAUUGUACCUGAGUGGCUGAUGAUUGAAUCUUAAAGAAGGUAUCAGUGAACACCUUUCUUCAUCACAAAGCUUCUUGUAACAAAGGAUGGUAUUUUCCAUCACGCAGACAUCAGAUAUUGUGCACCAUACUGGAAUGCCAUCAUUGAACAUGGAUAUUGUUUUUUUAUGGUGUGGCAGAAUACCUCUGAUGGCCUCUUCAUGGUAAACUGUUUUGGUGGUAAUACCAUGUUGGUGGUUUGUUCCUCCUGUGCUGCUUAAGCUCCAACAGAUCUUUAUUUCUAAGCUGUUCUCCAUGGAAUUUCAGCAGCUCUUCCAUAUAAUCCUGCUUCAACUAAUUUGCCUGACAGUUUUUAAUCAUUGCAAACCCACAUUUUAUCCAUACAUCAUUCAUCGAUGCAUGGGUUUCAUCAUCCUAAAUGGCACUGGUAAUGUACUCUGUGGCUAUCUUGAUGUUGUCGCUCUUCCAAGCUUCCUGAAUGUUGUGUUUGUCGUUGCCAUAUGACUCAAAUGGCAUGCCUCAUUAUGUACUGUAGGUGGUAAGUCUUAAACAUAAUGAUAGCAUCUCAGCCAAUGGGUUGCAGUAAUGAAACAGUGACAGCAAGCAAAAUUGGAAUCUGUAUGUUAUCACCCAUGACCUUGCUGUUGACCAAGGACAUUGAUGAGUAAGGCGCUGUUGUGAAAGUCUUGCAAAAUAUCAUUCAAAAAAAUUGAAGGAGAAACAACAUAAUGUAAUCUUGGAAGUGCUGCACCAUCAUGCUUAAUCAUCGCACCACGGGAAGAUUUACCCUUGAAUACCCCUACAAGGCCCACGGGUUCCCUGCUUGAUACAUCCCCUAUAAGGCAAAUACUAUGCAUGUUUAUGCACUUGAAAUGUUCAAACCGGCUAUUGGUGGCCUUGACUAUAUUGACACUUUCAGCAGAUCCAGCAGCUACCUUGCUCUCUUUUAUGUUUUGCCAUGGUAAUGUUGUUUUCUUGGAUCAUCGUCAAGCUGGGCAUAUUCUGUUAAUUCUGAUUUUCUAACCACAUGCUUAAUCCUUUAUCCAUUCUCCUAUUAUAGCAUGUUUGCCCUUUGUAACAUGCAGUGGGCUUCCAGUGUAACAUUUUGAGAUGUAACAUUUAUUCAUGUUGUUAAGGGUUGUUGGCACCUUUGACACUGCAAAAAUUAAUGAACUGCUGAUGUCCACCAAACACCUACCUUUUCCACUUCUAUUAAUUGCAUUCAACUUAGUUUUAAUAGUUAUAGUUUGCCUUGAUUAAAGAGUUUCAGUCCUUGGAACUGCUGAGGCAUUUUAAAGCUAUCUUGAAAGAUACAUCAGUUCGUGUCACCAAAUUAUAGGAAGGACGUGGACGCUUUGGAGACGGUGCAGAGGAGAUUUACAAGGGUGCUACCUGGGUUGGAAAGGAUGUCUUAUUUGAUUGAGAGAGUUAAAGCUUUUCUCUUUGGAGCAACAGAGGAUGAGAGGAGACUUGAUAGAGGUAUAUAAGAUUAUGAGAGGCAUAGACAGAGUGGACAGCCAGCAUCUUUUCCCCAAGGUGGCAAUGGCCAAUACCAAGCCCCUUGUAUUUCCUCUGCUGUUCCAUAAAAGAUCUUAUAGAAUGGGGUGCAACCAUAAGGGGCCAAAAGCCUACCCUUGUUUCAUGAAUCUUUGGAAUUAUCUACCUUGCUGCCCGUAGAUUGUCUUUGAAUAUACUUGCGAUCAUUAGAAUUUUAGAUAAGAAGGGGUUUGGGGAUUGUGCGUGAAGCUGGAGUUGAGAUAUAAGAUCAGUCAUAAUCAUAUUGAAGGGGAGAGAAGACAAAGCAAAUGGAGGUCGGAGAGAAAUUUUUUGUUUGAUUUUUAUAUUGUACAGUGCACAGAAUGAAAGUUCAUUAGGAUAUAACAGUAUCAGUUCUUUUGCACGCUGAAGUAAAUACGAUUAUGAGAGGCUUCAAUCGAUCUAUUACCCUUAGCUCCUCACAUUUAAAAAAUAAUUCAAUGUGUGCUUACGGAGCUAUGACUUGCAGGGCUGUACACUUACUACUGAAAAACAGGAUAAGGCCAGCAUAGAUCCAAUUGGCUAAAAGAUUUCCACUGUCAUUAAACUGUCUAUGAUUCUGUGAAGGAAUCAGUGUAAGGACUGGGCAGUCAUCUAUUCAUAAUCAUUCCAGGGUGAUUUUUUUUGUAGCAUUUCUAUUUUCACAAUUAGCAAGCAACAUGAUAUUUGCUCUGUCAAAAUUGGUAAUAAAAGGUCAAAUUUCAAAUAAAGUUAGUUAUAAGAGUUGAGUUUAAUUCUAUUUUGAAUGCCGCAUCCUGUUUCCUGCAAUGUCUUGAAAAGAAUAUGGUACUUAACUACAGUUAAAACCUAUUACAGUGGGUACAUAAGGAAUUGCAUUCCCUUUAAUUCAGUUCCAAAUGAUUGAAUUGUACAAAACAUGAGAGAAUUAAGUUAGUGUCCAAAUAAAUGCUCUCUUUAAACAAACAUUUGCAUUCAUGUCCAGAACUGGCAUGUUGUGAGAUACGAAAGCAUUUACAGUGAUUUUGCUCUGGUUAGUUGGCAGUAAGUUUACUGUUUAAACUAUUGCACUACUAUACUGUUACAGAAUCUCUUGGUGCUUAAACAGCCAAAAUUCUGCAACUUUGCACAUUUUAAUUUAAUUCUUGAAAGUUUGCACUGACUUAUUUUUAGAUGCCUAAGUAAGGCAAUGUAACUUUUUAGUAGUCCUUGCAAAACUAUUUUAUUCUCGAUUUUAGUUCAUGUGGCUGAUAUUUGUACAAUUUUUAGAUUUUAUGGACAUUUAACUGAUCGAAAGUAGUUAUACAAUAUGCAAUUUUGUUAAAUUCUGUAGUUGUCGCACAGCAAUUUAAUUUGUAGUCAUGUUAUUUGUAAAUUCUUAUGAAUCUUCAUCUGCAUUAUCAUUAGGCUUACUGAUACUAAAACAUAUUUUUUAAAAAAUCACAGUUGAAGUCCAGAAUUUAAUGUGCUGAUAUGCAGAUUUUGCUACCUUUAGUUCAGCACCUCAAAUUGCUGAGCUAUCAUGGCCAUUGAUAGGUCUGAAACCAAUAUUUCAUCCUGAUUUUAUAUUGCUCAGAAUAGUCUCCCCUUGACACAAUAUUUGAGUAGUAUGAUCCAUCACAGGAAUAUUUUUCCACAGUUCUCAAAUAUUAAAAAAUAUUAUUGCCAAUGUUAGGAUUUACAUCAAACCAUUCCUGUACUUCAAAUACUGAGAUCUAGUUGAUUGGCUUAGGAUUUAUAACUUGAAUGUUAGUCCAAAAAACCCUUUUAAAAUGUAUUAGUAAAAUUAAAACCAGUGUUGUAAAACUAAUACAAUAUUUAAAUUGCCAAGUAGAUCAUGCUGAGGGAAAGUGGAUAGAUUUUAUAGUCGAUAAUGUGUAUGAAUAUUAGUAUUUCAACCAACUUCCACAUUAAAUUCCUUCUCAAAUUUGUUGCUUGUCUUUUGUUCUCUUCUCCAAAAAUUGUAAUCCUAUUUGUUACUGCCCAUUGAUAGUAUUAUUAUCAUCAUCAUAACAUUUAAUGUAGUAAUAUGGUGUCAACAAGAAGACUUGCAUUUCAAAUCUUAUGCACUAAUUAAAUUGCACUAAUUGUGUAUCAUCUGGGUGUGUGUGUGUGUGUGUGAAUGUGAAAUUUGUAUACUUGAAGAAGAUUUUGCUGGUCACUGUGCAAAUAAGUUUAUAUUUCAGCAGGAAUAUCUGCACAGUAAAUUGAUAGAGGCAUAAGUUAGUCACUUGAAGUCCCAAGCACUUUAUAUUGUCUCCUCAAUACUUUAAAACCUAGCUUUGGUAAACUCUUAAAAACAUUUGGCUUUCAUGUUAUCUUAAUCUAUUCAAAAAUUUAAAGAAAAUUCUCAGGUAAAAAUGUUCUUUUAUUCACUUCUAAAAAAUCAUCCUCUUAAUUAUGUAGGUUGAAAUUAUAUAAAACAUAAGGUUUAAUCAUCUGUCAACAAUUAGCUUUCCCUGUCUUUUUAUUGCCCUUUCAUUCAUAAUUAAUAGUGCACAUUUCAUUUAUAGUGUAAAACUGUCAGUAAUGUCUUAAUGUAUCUAUAUAUACAAUCUUAUUCCAUGCAUUAAUAUUAAAAUGAUUACUUUUAUGUGGGGUUCCUUGCAACACAGAGAUACAAUUGCAUUCUGUCUGUAUUUCAUUUGCACCAAUCUUCUACUAUUAUAUGUACCUAAAUACAUAAUGUAUUCUGAAAAAUGGAAGUGUGCUUUUUAGCAAAAUUUACUGUUGUAUUUAAAGAAUUUAAUUUGUUUUAUGUUGAAACAAAUGGUGUGUUGAAACACAGAAAAUCUGCUUUUUAUUUGAUGUCUUGAUAGCAUGAUAUGUCAGAGACAAACAGGUAGGGCUUGAUGCUGAUUCCUUCCCUCAGACUUGUGGGAGCAGUUUAAUCCAUACGUAGGACCUGUAAGUCGCUAAUUCUGCUAAAAUAAAAAUGGGGAUCAGACCAUUACUGUGCAACUUGAAGCCUUGACUGUAUGUGUUUCUUUUACAGCAGGAUGUUAACCUACAUUGGUUGAGCAUCAAGCCCUUGUGAAGGAAGAGAUCAUUUUUCGAGGAGAAGCAAAUGCUAUUUGAAAUGACAGAUAGGGGUUAAUGGUUAUCUGUGAGUUUUAGGCCUACAAACACACAUGUAUACAAUUUGGUUCAAGUUUUAAGCAUAAUGCAAUUUCAGUUAGGUCCAUAAUUUUGGGUAUUUUCUUUUUCUGGUAUAUGAUUACUGAAGUGAACACACCAUUUCCUCUUAAUAGUGCAUCUGUAGAUCCCAACUGUGCAUACAUGCUAAUAAAAGUUUAAAAUCUGUGGUAUUUCUACUAUAAACUACUCAUAAAUUAAAUUGCACACCUUUUUGAAAAUGAUCCUUGCCAUACAUUCAUUUCUAGCAGUCAGGCAACCCAUGAAGCAAAAUUAUUUUAUUAAAUUUUAAGAAAAUAUUUUUAUAUGAAAAAUGAUCUCUUCCCCUGAAGUCUUCAAAUUCAAAUGGUAUAUCACUAUGAAAUAUGUAUUAUGUAUAUGUAAUAAAAUUGCUUAACUGUACUUAUAAUUUGAAGUCUAGUGCAGCUGAUAUGUUUGUAAUGCAUUUGAUACUGUAUGUAAAAUAAAUAAGUAUGGUAGUCUU